AUGUCUGGGAAAGACAAAAAAGAAGAAAAUAAAGAAUCCCUGCAGGAUCUUGCAAAAACACUUAUAUUCCUUCGCCAUCAUCUUCAGGAUGGACUAAAAAUUGAAUAUUCAUUGAGAAAGAUCCACAUAAUAUGUUCAAAAUUGAUAUUGUGUAGAGGAAAAAUCACUGAUAAAGAUAUGUUGGAUAAAACGUUUUCCACCUUCUACGCCUCGAAUGUAUUCCUGCAGCAGCAAUAUCGCGAGUGUGGUUUCAAAAAGUACUCAAAACUUAUAUCUUACCUACUUGUUGCUGAACAAAAUAAUGAACUGUUGAUGAAAAAUCAUGGAUUACGUUCAACUAGUUCUGUACCAUUACCUGAAGCAAAUAGUAUUGUAUUGCCUGAAGCAAAUGCAAUAUCAAGACAAGGACAUGGACAUUUUUUUGCUGAUCCAAAUGGAAAUAUUGACAAUUUGAUUGGGGGUGGUGUGGUGAAAGAUAUAGAUUAG